UUGAGCAACUUUGAGCAGCUUUCUAAAAAGUUGCAUCCCGACGGAACGGAUCGGUACCGCGAGGUUCGGCCGGACCCACCGGAGACAUGGCGGACCUGCGCGUGUCCCUGGCGGCGGUGGGCGCCGCGGUGCUGCUCAGCGAGGCGGCGCGCUGCACCGCCGCGCGCCUGCUUCCAGGAGUUUACUGGCGCUGCGCGCUGGAGGCGGCGGCCACCUUCCAGCUCUGCAGCUGCACGCACGAGCUGAAGCUGCUGAGCGGCGCGGUGCCGCUCGGGCUGCCGCUCGGGCUCACGCUCACCUACGUCAUGACGGCGGUCCACCUGGCCACUUUCCGCGGGGCCACGUGCAGCCCCUACGCGGCUCUGGAGGGCGUCUGCCGCGGCGUGAGCGGCGUCGGCGCGGCCGCCGUCCUCAUCGCCUGUCAGUUCGCCGCCGGGGUCGCCGCGCAGUAUUUCGCCGCCUCCGUCUGGUCGCUGGGUCUCUCUGACCUCCACGUCCGGCACCAGAGGUUCGGGUUCCGAUGCUUCGACCCACUCGGCGGGACUCUGCUGGAGGCCGCGGCCGUGGAGCUCGGCUGCGCCUUCGCGGUCCAAGCCGCCGCCAUGCACGCGCACAAGCUGGACGAAAAACUUCGCCUUCACUUCAUCGCCGCUGUCAUCACCGCUCUGGUGUACACAGGUGGAGGUGUGUCUGGAGCCAUCUUUAACCCCGUCCUGGCCUUCUCUGUCCAGUUCCCCUGCAGCGGACACACGUACCUGGAGUACGGCUUUGUGUACUGGCUGGGACCCGGGCUAGGAAUGGCGAGCUGCAUUCUGCUGUUUGAGAAGCUCCUCCCCUUCCUGUCUGGACAGAACGCCGUCAGGCCGGAGGUCCAGAAGAAGAAGAUGCAGUAGAAGAAGAAGCGUCAUAUUCAUGUUUGUGUCUUAAGAUUUUUAUUCCACGUGUCUUAGUGCAAAAUACAGCAGACUUUUAUAUCUUUUAAAUUUAACACUACAAUAGAGUGCAGGACGAGGUCUCUGACCUUUGACCUUUACACAGCUCUAACUCUCCACAGGGUUUUAUCUUCAUUUGAUAAUUAUAGAUUCAAUAUGCCUCAAAGUCUGAGAACAAACGACUUCAGAACGCUCAAGUUUAAAUGUUUUAAUGUUUAACUCAGGGAGCAAAGUACACACACAUGUACACACACACAUGUACACACACACACACACACACACACACAGGACAUUCACUCCAGGCAUAUCGAUGUAUUUUUGUCCUGAAGGACUUUAUAUCUCUAGCACAACGUCCCGUGGAGUCGCCGUGUCACGGAGUUACUCAACACUUUGAGACGUCAGAGCAGCACACACGGGGUUAAUGUGACGUCAUGGACGUCUGAUCCACUCAUGAACCUGAUGAGACUCAGGUGUGCAACAACAACAACACGACGUAACACACUUACACGCUUUAAAUGGUCGAGAGGGUUUUGAGGUGAAUUAUGUGUUCUCGGUUUGGGGUUUUGUGAUUUUCAUGGUUUAUAAUUAUUUAAGUGUUCAACCAAAAGGUUUCUGGGACUUGAUUUUCUUUGUGUGAACAAGAACAACUUUAAACCUCCCUGACGUCUGGUGAUCAACCAGCAGCUGUGGUGGUGAUCACGUGAUCAGCUGAACGUCACGGGGUUUAGAGAACAGCUGCGAGUUGAAUUCAUCUGUAACGUCUCAUACAUUCAGAUUUUAAAUAAAAGAUUUAUUUUAAAACUU